AGAUCUCGCGACAGUUUAUGUUUCCCGAGGAAAAAAAAAACCAGGUGGACGCACAGCAACAGAUGACGUCAGUGCCGCGGCCAUGUUGUGAAGGGAAAAGUUUCCACAGUGACAGCUGCUUCAGUUUAAAGCAUAGAAACAAGUUCGUUUACGGUUCUGUAUCAGGCUUUUUACACAGAAACAAAGCACAAGCCUGUGCACAUCGGAGAGGGAUACGUUUUGUUUACUAUACGGAAGGCUAGAGGGAUCUGUUAGUAUUUGUCAGGUGAAUUUCCCCGCCCAAUGUGGCGGCUGUUUUGUGCCGCUGGUAGUCACGUGACGCUGCGCUCGUCUAAUCACAGAGCGGGGCAGGAGAUCACUGAGGAGAAGUGGAGCCUGGAGUCAGUGAGUGGUUUUGGUCGUCAAGCCCAGGUAUCCGCCUCCCCCAUAGAAAGCCAUGAAGGAGGACAAGGAGAACACCAAGCCCAAGGAGAAGAGAUGGGAGCAGCUGGGUGCGGAGGAUGGAGAGAAACCCGAGAGGGUGAAGGAGAAGAAGGAAGUCAUGAGCAAGGUUGUGAUUCGUCGCCUGCCUCCAAGUCUUACCAAAGAACAGCUGGAAGAGCAUCUUCAGCCCUUACCAGAACACGAUUAUUUUGAGUUUUUUGCAAAUGACACCAGCUUAUUUCCUCAUAUGUUUUCACGGGCAUAUAUCAAUUUCAAAUGUCCAGAUGACAUCAUGUUAUUCAGAGAUCGCUUUGAUGGCUAUGUGUUUAUUGACCAGAAAGGUCAAGAAUAUUCAGCCGUUGUGGAAUUUGCUCCAUUUCAAAAAGUGGCAAAAAAGAAAAGCAAGAAGAAGGAUUCAAAGACUGGGACCAUUGAUGAUGAUCCAGAAUACAGAAAGUUCUUGGAUUCGUACAGCAUGGAUGAAGAGAAGCUUACUUCUACCCCGGAGACGUUGUUGGAAGAAAUAGAGGCAAAAAACAAAGAAAUGAUUGCUAAGAAGACAACUCCUUUGUUAAGCUUCUUAAAAAAUAGACAGAGAAUAAGAGAUGAAAAGCGUGAGGAGAGAAGGAGGCGAGAACUUGAACGUAAAAGACUGCGUGAAGAAGAAAGAAGGAAGUGGAAAGAGGAUGAGAGAAGGAAAAGGAAAGAAGCAGAAAAACAAAAGAAGUAUGAAAGGACUCCAGAGAAAGAAACGGAAAGGGUAAAGGAUGAGCCCAAAGUUAAGCUUCUUAGGAAGCCUGAGAAAGAUGAUGAAAGAGAGACUGAAAAGAAGUUUAAACCCAGAAAGCUGGAAAAAGAGAAUGUGAGAGAAGAGCGCGUCUCAGUAACUAAAAGGUCAGAUGGAGAAACUGGAGAGGAAAAGCUGAAACGAUGUGAAGAUGACUAUAUGAAGGAUUACAGAGAUAAAGAUUACAGAGAAAAAGAUUAUGAUCUAGAGCGACGUGCAAGGGAAAAGGAAAAACAGAGAUAUCAUGAAGAUGAACGGCGUAAACAGAGGGACCGAUAUGAGAAAGACCGAUCUUUCAGAAGACGUGAAGAUGACUUUAGGAAGGAUCGGGAAGUUGUAAGAGAGAGAGUGAGGAAGCAAGAGGUUAGUGAAUCUCAGUCGACAAUUGAUAAAGCUGAGCGUCCAUCCCGAGAAGAAAAGAAAGAAGAUAUGAUCAAGAGAGAUCGAAUAAGAAACAAGCAAUGCUUGGCUCUCCUUGGAAAACAAAAGGAUCGCCCCGCCAUGCAGUUAUACCAACCUGGGGCAAGAAGCAGGAGCAGGUUAACACAGUGUGAUGAGAGCCCAGCUAAAUCCAGUGAUCAGAUAACUGAGAACAAGCAGGAGAGUGAGACCAAUGAUACACGAAAAGGCGAGUAAGGAAAUGGAAGAUAUGGAGUGUCCUGCCCGUUGUGACAACCAAAGAAAACAAACUCUGCAAUCCAGAAGUGCCUUCACAGAGAAGGAAUCGGGAACAGUGUCCAGAGGAAAGGCAAAGAGGCGCCUAUGGGGUGUAGAACGUGCAGAGUUUGGCUGAGAAUCCACAAAGGAUUCGCAUAGACUGGUGGAACGUUCAGUAUAUAGUACUAUAGUGGAAAUGUUGCGAGGAGAGAGUUAAAAUCUCAAGUUUACAAAAUCUUGUCUUGUGGCCUUAAUAAACACGAGUCCUCCAUUCCGGUAUUGGCAGAGGGUUAUGACAGAAGAAUAUUUUUGAAUGUUCCGGCCCAGUAUUACAUGGGCUAUUUCAUAGAGCUUGCCCUGUAUUUCACUUUUGUUGUGUAAGUGUUAAUAAAGAUUUUUCUUUUUAUUCCUUUCUCUUACAUUGGACAUUCUGGAGAUAAGAAUGAUCGCUGCUGUAAAAUGCUGUCAAAACUAAGAAUAAUGCUGUAAUUUUUGGUUUUCCUAAUUAUUUUCAUACAGAUCUUUAUUACUUGCUAUGAGAGAAGUCUACUUUGGCUUAUUUAAAAGCAUGUGACGGCUUACUUUACCAAGCCUGGAUCUUACAUAUAUAUAUAUCUUAAGUAAAUGUAACCCACAUGAUUUCUUAACAUUUUUCUAGGAAAAAAUAAAAAGAGAUUUUUGAAUCUAAAAAGAUGCUUAUAUAAUUUCUGUAUUCUGCAUAAGGUAUCUCAAAGCACAAAAGAACAAGAAUGUAACAUGUUAAU